AGCUGCCUGAGUGAGAGAGAACACCGGAGCAGAGUCCGGGGAGGGAGGGGGACACACGGCCGGGAAGAAGAUGGGGGCUCCGCUGGACGCGCUCCUUCUACUCCUCUGUACUGUGUGCUGUGUCCGGGCGUCUCCGUUAUUGUUGUUUGCUAACCGUCGUGAUGUCAGAUUAGUGGAUGCUGGGGGCACAAAAUUGGAUUCCACAGUAGUGGUAAGUGGCUUGGAAGACGCAGCUGCCGUGGACUUUUUUUACUCUCAAGGCCUCGUUUAUUGGACAGAUGUCAGCGAAGAGUCGAUAAAGGGAAUCUUAUAUAAUCAGAGCAAGAGCUUGCAACAUGUUAUCAUCUCUGGCUUGGUGUCCCCAGAUGGUCUGGCUUGCGACUGGAUUGGCAAGAAACUUUAUUGGACGGACUCUGAAACCAACCGGAUAGAGGUUGCUAACCUCAAUGGCACAUAUAGAAAAGUCCUCUUUUGGCAAGAUCUGGAUCAGCCGAGAGCCAUAGCCUUGGAUCCUGCUCAUGGGUACAUGUACUGGACGGACUGGGGAGAAGCUCCCAGGAUUGAACGUGCUGGAAUGGAUGGCAGUACGCGCAAAAUCAUAGUGGAUUCAGAAAUUUAUUGGCCCAAUGGGCUAACGAUUGAUCUAGAUGAACAAAAACUUUAUUGGGCAGAUGCCAAGCUGAGUUUUAUUCACCGAGCCAAUUUGGAUGGUUCUUUCAGGCAGAAGGUAGUUGAAGGAAGCCUUACACAUCCUUUUGCACUCACUCUAGCAGGAGAUACCUUGUAUUGGACUGAUUGGCAAACUCGCUCUAUCCAUGCCUGUAACAAACGAACUGGAGAGAAAAGAAGAGAAAUUCUCAGUGCAUUGUACUCUCCCAUGGACAUUCAGGUCUACAGCUCGGAGAGACAGCCCUACUUCCAUACACCAUGCGAAGACAAUAAUGGAGGCUGCUCACAUCUUUGCCUGUUGUCUCCACGAGAUCCCUUCUAUACGUGUGCUUGUCCAACAGGUGUACAGCUGAAAGAGAAUGGAAAAUCAUGCAAAACAGGUGCAGAUGAUGUAUUGCUGCUGGCCAGAAGAACAGAUUUACGAAGAAUUUCAUUAGACAUGCCUGAUUUUACAGAUAUUGUUCUGCAAAUUGAUGACAUUAAGCAUGCCAUUGCUAUUGACUAUGAUCCAGUGGAAGGAUAUAUUUACUGGACUGAUGAUGAAGUUAGAGCUAUUCGUCGUGCUUAUCUGGAUGGGUCAGCUGCUCAGACCUUAGUGACUACUGAAGUGCUACAUCCAGAUGGGGUAGCUGUUGACUGGGUGGCUCGGAAUCUGUAUUGGACGGAUACUGGUACUGACCGUAUAGAAGUCACACGACUUAAUGGGACAUCUAGGAAAAUACUGAUAUCUGAAAACCUAGAUGAACCGAGGGCCAUCGUAUUAAAUCCACUGACCGGUUUUAUGUACUGGACAGAUUGGGGUGAAAAGCCGAAGAUCGAGUCUGCUUAUUUGGAUGGUACAGAAAGGACAGUACUUGUGAACACAUCAUUAGGGUGGCCCAAUGGAUUAGCACUAGAUCUUCAAGAAGAAAAACUAUACUGGGGAGAUGCCAAAACAGACAAAAUAGAGGUCAUGAAUGUUGAUGGAACUAUGCGCAGAACCUUGCUGGAGGACAAGCUGCCACAUAUAUUUGGAUUUACAUUACUUGGAGAUUACAUUUAUUGGACAGACUGGCAAAGGAGAAGUAUUGAAAGAGUACAUAAAGUCAGGGCCACCCGAGAAAUCAUCAUUGACCAGCUGCCGGACUUGAUGGGGCUUAGAGCUGCCAGUGUGACAAAUACAUUUGGAACCAAUCCUUGUGCAGAUAAUAAUGGAGGCUGCAGUCACAUUUGUUUCUUCACUCCUCGCGCCAUACGGUGUUCCUGUCCAAUGGGAUUAGAGUUACUUGGUGACAUGAGAACGUGCAUUAUUCCCGAGGCCUUCUUGGUUUUCACUAGCAGAGCAGCAAUCCACAGAAUUUCUUUGGAAACAAAUAAUAAUAAUGUUGCAAUCCCUCUUACUGGCGUAAAAGAGGCAUCUGCUCUGGACUUUGAUGUGUCUGAUAAUAGGAUCUACUGGACUGACAUCACUUUAAAGACGAUAAGCAGAGCUUUUAUGAAUGGAAGCUCUGUGGAACAUGUCAUUGAAUUUGGCCUUGAUUAUCCAGAAGGAAUGGCUGUUGACUGGAUGGGAAAAAAUCUUUAUUGGGCAGACACUGGAACUAACCGAAUAGAAGUAUCUCGUCUCGAUGGACAGUUCAGACAGGUUUUAGUUUGGAAAGAUCUGGAUAAUCCGCGAUCUCUUGCACUGGAUCCAGCAAAAGGAUACAUGUACUGGACAGAGUGGGGAGGGAAACCAAGAAUAGUUCGAGCAUACAUGGAUGGGACAAAUAUCAUCACAUUGGUGGACAAGCUGGGCCGUGCCAAUGAUCUGACUAUUGAUUAUGCUGACCAAAGGCUUUACUGGACCGACCUGGACACAAACAUGAUCCAGUCAUCCAACAUGUUAGGUCAAGACCGGGAAAUAAUUGCAGAUGACCUUCCUCAUCCCUUUGGGCUGACCCAGUACAGUGAUUUUAUCUACUGGACUGACUGGAAUCUGCACAGCAUAGAAAGAGCAGACAAGGUUAAUGGAAAGAAUCGCACUUUGAUUCAAGGUCGCUUGGACUUCGUUAUGGACAUAUUGGUAUUCCAUUCCUCCCGGCAGGAUGGCACCAAUGAAUGCAUGCAGAACAAUGGACACUGUGCUCAGCUCUGCCUUGCCGUGCCGAAUGGAUACAGAUGUAGCUGCUCCUCUCAUUACACUCUGGACUCCAACCACAAGAACUGCAGCUUGCCCACCAAUUUCCUGCUCUUUAGUCAGAAGACCGCUAUCAAUCGGAUGUUAGUGGAUGAACAGCAGAGUCCAGAUAUCAUCCUGCCAAUCCAUGGCCUGAGGAAUGUCAAAGCUAUCAGCUAUGAUCCUUUAGAUAAGCUUAUCUACUGGGUGGAUGGAAGGCAGAAUGUAAUCAAGAGGGCCAAAGAUGAUGGUACACAGCCUCUUGCUGUGGUAUCUACUCCAAACCAAAGCCAAACCCAAGAAAAACAGCCCCAUGACCUGAGCAUUGAUGUGUACAGCCGCACACUGUACUGGACUUGUGAGACCACCAACAGCAUCAAUGUUAACAGGCUGACUGGAGAAUAUGUUGGUGUUGUUUUACGUGGAGAAAAUGACAAGCCAAGGGCCCUUGCUUUGAACGCUGAACGGGGGUACAUGUAUUUUACAAACCUACAAGAGAGGACUGCAAGGAUUGAGCGUUCUGCCCUAGAUGGCACAGAGAGAGAGGUCCUCUUCACCACUGGUCUUAUUAGACCAGUUGCUUUGGUUGUUGACAACAAGCUUGGAAAACUGUUUUGGGUGGAUGCAGAUUUGAAACGUAUUGAGAGCAGUGAUCUAACUGGCGCUAAUAGAAUAACUCUGGAAGAUUCAAACAUCCUUCAGCCCAUGGGGCUCACUGUUCUGGGAGACCACCUGUAUUGGAUUGAUCGUCAGCAGCAGAUGAUUGAAAGGGUAGAGAAGACAAAUGGGUUCCAAAGGACAAGAAUUCAAGGCCGCAUCGCUCAUCUCACUGGAAUUCAUGCCGUGGAACCUCUAGAUAUGUCCGAGUUCUCUGCUCAUCCAUGUAGUCGUGAUAAUGGAGGUUGUUCACACAUCUGUAUUGCAAAAGGUGAUGGUACGCCUCGAUGUUCCUGUCCUGUCCAUCUUGUCCUCCUGCAAAACCUGUUAACAUGUGGAGAGCCUCCAACUUGCUCUCCGGAACAGUUCACCUGCGCCACUGGUGAAAUUGACUGCAUUCCCUUGUCAUGGCGGUGUGAUGGUUUUUCCGAAUGUGAGGACACGAGUGAUGAAGAGAACUGUCCAUUGUGUUCUCCCAAACAGUUCCAAUGUGAAAAGGGGCAAUGUAUUGAUUCCCGAAAGAAGUGUAAUGGAGAGUAUGACUGUCAAGACAAGUCUGAUGAACUGGACUGUGAAUCAAUUUGUCUUCCAAAUCAAUACCGUUGUGACAAUGGCCAGUGUGUUUUGAGCAAACAGCAGUGUGACACCUUCUUGGAAUGCAGUGACAACUCUAAUGAGAUAAUGUGCGAAAUGAGCAAGUCCUCAUCAGAAGAGACACCUUCUCAUACUAGUGCCAUAUUACCAGUGAUUGGCAUUAUUCUAUCCGUCUUUGUAUUUGGUGGGGUAUAUUUUGUGUGCCAGCGAGUUGUGUGUCAACGAUACACUGGGCCAAAUGGACCUUUUCCACAUGAAUAUAUCAGUGGAACUUCUCAUGUCCCACUCAACUUCAUGACAACUAGAAGUUCUCAGCCUGGAGCAUACACAGGUAUACCAUGUGGAAAGCAAAUGAUCAGCUCAAUGAGUAUCAUAGGAGGCGGAAGCAGCGGCGCUCCUUUAUAUGACCGGAAUCAUGUGACCGGGGCCUCUUCCAGUAGCUCAUCCAGUACUAAGGCUACUCUCUAUCCUCAGAUCUUGAAUCCACCUCCAUCACCAGCUACAGAUCGAUCACUGUACAAUACUGAAGUAUUUUACUCCUCAAACAGUCCUUCCACUACUAGAUCUUAUAGGCCCUACCUUAUACGAGGCGUUGUUCCUCCCACGACACCGUGCAGUACAGAUGUAUGUGACAGUGACUACACUACGAGCCGGUGGAAAUCGAAUAAAUACUAUAUGGACUUAAAUUCCGAUUCAGAUCCGUACCCUCCUCCUCCUACUCCGCGGAGUCAAUAUAUGUCAGCCGAAGAAAGCUGUCCUCCAUCCCCAACCACAGAAAGAAGCUACUUUCACCUCUAUCCACCUCCACCCUCACCAUGUACGGACUCCUCGUGACCAUAAAUUGAAGAGACCUGCCCCCUUAAUUGUAAAUAUUUUAAAAAUGAACAAAAGAACAUAUAUAUAAAUAUAUAUAUAUUUUAUGAUCUUAAAUAUAAUUCAGAUUGAUGUUUUUAUAAGAAAAAAGAAAAAAAUACAAGCAAUAAAAAAUAAAUGUGAAUACAGAUGGGGUUGGGAGGGAUUGUGAAAAUUGUACAGUGGAAAAGUAUUUAUAAUUUUUUUUUUAAUUUAAGUACCACGUGCCAUGUUUCUAAUAUGUCCCACAACAUGUUCUUUGCAGAAGACUUUAAAAAACACUUCUGUUUUCUUUUUUUCUUGGUGCUCAGCUGGAAAACAAACUGUACUAACAUUAUGAAGACAAGCGUGUCUGUAUGCCUUUUAUGUAAGAAAUCUGUAGCCAGA